ACAACACAUUGGUCGCGUCUCAGCCGCGCGCCUCUAGGCGCAGUCAAAUGGCGCUUCUCCAGAGAGCCACGGCGCCCAGUCCGACCAGCUGAUGGUAAUUAGAGUGUAAACCGCUUUCCUCGACAUAUUACUGUCUUUAUUUCUUAUGAUUCUGGAAGCUAUUAUUUCUUAUAUUAUAUGCGACAAAUGUGGACGCAUAGGAAGAUAUUGCGCUUGGUUGUGCGUGAAGCUGUUAUUCCUAUAACGGACUGACAACUGAAAGAUUCAUCCUAAGUGUCCCAGGUUGGCGCACCAUGAGCAGCUCUUGCUACGAACCCAGCUGGGACGUGGACCUGGCGCCGCUUCUGUCCUGUAAACUGUGCCUGGGAGAGUUUCCCCUGGAACAGAUGACCACCAUCUCCCAGUGCCAGUGCAUAUUUUGCAGUCUGUGUUUGAAGCAAUAUGUUGAACUGCUCAUUAAAGAGGGCCUCGAAUCGGCUAUUAGCUGUCCUGACUCUGCCUGCCCGAAACGGGGACAUUUGCUAGAAAAUGAGAUUGAGUGUAUGGUGGCUGCAGAGGUCAUGCAACGUUAUAAGAGACUCCAGUUUGAGCGAGAGGUGCUUCUGGAUCCUUGUCGGACCUGGUGCCCGUCGUCCUCAUGCCAAACGGUGUGCCAGCUGAAUGAAGCAGAGGUGCAGUUGCCGCAGCCGGUGCAAUGCCCUCAGUGCAGCCUGCGUUUCUGCUCUGCCUGCAGGGCGGACUGCCACACCGGCCAGCCAUGUCAGGAGAGCCUGCCGAUUACCACCUUCCUGCCUGGGGAAAACGGUUUCAACAUCAAGAGCUUGGAGGACGAGGCCUCGAUCAAACGCUGUCCUAAAUGUAAAGUGUACAUUGAGAGAGAUGAAGGCUGUGCCCAGAUGAUGUGUAAGAACUGCAAGCAUGCCUUCUGCUGGUACUGCCUGGAGUCAUUGGAUGAUGACUUCUUACUGAUCCACUAUGAUAAAGGUCCGUGCCAGAACAAACUUGGACAUUCCAGAGCCUCCGUCAUCUGGCAUCGGACGCAGGUUGUUGGCAUCUUUGCCGGCUUCGGUCUGCUCUUGCUGGUGGCCUCCCCUUUCCUUUUGCUGGCUACUCCCUUCGUCCUCUGCUGCAAAUGCAAGUGCAAACGUGGCGACGACGACCCUCUUCCUACCUAGAGCUCAGUUUCGGCUUCAGGAGGCGACUUGUAUCUCGUUUGGAUCAGCUGUGAUCCCAUCUCACCUGAUUCUCCUGAGCACACUUUGCAGGAGCAUUGGUGAAAGACUCGUCUGUCCGUGAGACUGCACAUCUCAGUUGCAUUCAAAUGCUGAUUUGCAUUGAAAGGUGUUAUGGAGGAGCAGAGAAGGUGAUUGAAUAAGCCAUCAGAGUUAAACACAUCUGUAAUGUUUGGAAGCAAGCACUUUUUUGUUGUGUUUGUCUUGUACUCUUUUCUAAUCUUCACUGUUUCUUCACUUUAUGUGGUAUUAUGGUUAACUAAGCUUUUUUAUGAUGUUGUUUAUACCCAGGAUAUAACAAAAGAAAAAUUCUGUUGAUUAGACUUGACAGGAAUACACUUCUUAACACUACUUUCAUUCUUAUAGCAUAGUCACACAACCUCUAUUUCUGCCAGUUUUCGGGUCUAUUUGCAAAUGCAUGCUGGAGGCAGAGGAUGCUACUUCCUGCAGAAGCUCUAAUGAGCCUCAGCCUGCCACUUGCUUCUGUCUACUUCAUGUACACCCUUUCUUAGGACAGCAAAACCUUGUUCUUCCAUUUGAGUUUACUCUGAUGCUGCACACACACUCCAGACGUAGCAGACAUGCCACCUGAUGCCUUCUCAAAGCUUGUAGGCUUGGGUGUUGCUGAAAUAUUUCUUACCCUCCUGAUAUCAGAGAGUUGGUCACAUAUCAAUCACUGUUUAUAACCGAGUUAUCACAACGUAUCAUUAAAGCAAGCCAUUGUUAUUAUGUCAUCUACAUGAAUUUUGUUGAUUAUAAACACACGUUUGCUUAACCCAGAAGGGUCUUGUCCACAACCUGUUGAAGAUCCAAGUACAACCUGCAUUACCAUGUGCCUGCCAAUUUAGGUCAAAAUAAUCAGGCCAGUGAGGCUUAACUUCUUACUUUUCAGGUCACUCUAGAGUUGCAUAUUUAAUUAAUUCAUUUUUUGGAGUGAUAUUAUUGGGAACAAUUUGCCAAAUGUGAUGUGUAAGCCCAUGUGUUCACUGUCUAGCACAUUAAUUGGUUGAUUACUAGGGAACACCUACUGUAGUUUUUGUUCUUAUUCAGUUAAAUAUGCCUUUCAUUUUUUUCUCUGUUUUGUAAACUUUUUUUGUGUGUGUUAAAACAUUUUUUUGUAGCUAUUCUAGCUAACUUGUAUAUGUUUUGUUUUUCAUGUUUAAAUAUAUUAUGCUGCAUUGCA